UAAUUCUCACCGCGAGUUUACAAUUCUCGGCACCUUGCAGGGUCUGAAGCUUUUGCUAUCUCGAGUAGUAUUAUCAGGCAGACAUUCGCUCUCAAUCCGGCCAAGAUAUCCACAUCGAAAUUUUCUUCUUCUUCUUCUUCUUCUUCUUCUUCUUCUUAUAUUUGACGAAAGCGCCCCUCCAACCGCUGUCCAGCCUCUUUGAACCUUAAAACGUUCACGUCAAACUUUACACUACGGUCACGCAGUUGCAGAAACCAUUCGAUUAUCGAACCGAAAUCAUCAGUACGAGAACCAUACAGGAUCGCCGGCCUUCUCUUUAGGCAGUUUCUGGCUCGGUCAGCGAGCUUUGAGUGGUUCCUGCCACUACCAGAUGCUGGACGACACGAAGCUGCCUCCUCCGCCCUCUACUUGAGGCAACGAGAGUCAGGUCUCCAGCAUUGGUCUUGCUUGUAUACGUUUGCAAAACAUCACAGCUAUUAUUCGAUAAUUGCCUAGCAUGGCCGACAACCAACAGGCCGUAGCAGAAACACCCGAGAGCAAUAUCUCACCAAAGACCCAGCCUUCGCGGGAAGAAGAUGGCUACUUUCCUGCCUCGCCAGAGCCGGGGAAUGCUGACGAGGAUGAUGGCCCGGAACUACCUACGCAGACGGAGAGUGGUGCUCAGAUAAUUGAGAUACGACCCGGUGACAAGAUCCCAGACUUGGUGAGGAAGAGCAAAGACGAUGACCUCGAGAACGAUAGUGACGCGAGCGCGACGACGCCUGGUGAUACUGCCCCCAGUCCCGGCAGCACCAGUGAGCCGCCAUCUAGGAAGAUGUCCAUAUCUUCUGUCACAUUCCGGCAGCCGACAAACCCGUCGCUGCCACAAGGGCUGAAGAAGAAGCCGCUGGAUGCUACUAGGCGGAGAGCUGCAUCCCCACCACACCGAAGAUUUCAGUCGCACGUCGCGUUUGACAACAUUCCCCUUGGCGAAUCGACCGACUACAACCCGAUUGCCUUCACUCUCAACGCCAAGCAUGACGGCUAUCAAUCAACAAGAAGGAGCCGCACCUUCAUGGUAGGAGUAGACGACAACGCAUAUUCCGACCAUGCUCUGCAAUGGCUGCUUAGCGAGCUCGUGGAUGACGGCGAUGAGGUCAUCUGCGUGCGGGUGAUCGAGACUCAAAUGCGCCUGACCAAUACUGCCUAUCAGGAAGCCGCGCAACUGCUGAUGGACAACAUACAAAGCAAGAAUAAGAAGAACCUUGCCAUUUCCCUGGUCCUCGAAUAUGCUGUCGGCAAAUUGCAUAACACGUUUCAGCACCUUAUCAAGAUAUAUCAACCCUCCAUGUUGAUAGUCGGCACUAAGGGGCGCAGCCUGGACAGCGUUUCGAGCGCCUUCUUCAACCGGAGUUCAUUUUCAAAGUACUGUCUACAGUAUUCACCCGUGCCGGUAGUUGUUGUGCGUCCUACUGAGAAGCGCGAGAAGAAACGGCUAAAGCGGGCCCAAGACCCGGCGCGCCAGAACUAUCUACAGAUGUUGCCUGGUCAGAAACAUGAGGCCGACAGCGAGAACAGCAGUGUAUACGAGCUGGAGCCGAAUAUCAGUGCUGCUGAAGAAGCGCAUCGGGUCGCGGUUGCGAAUGGACUUCCUGCCAAAUAUGACCCUACUCUAAAGCCCAUCGAUACAGACGCUGUCCUUCGCUAUGCUAGUAGCAAAGCUCGCCCGCCGACCGCGGUUGAAGCGCCAUCUGCAGAAGCCGUGGCGUUGGCGGCUACAGGCAGGCUACCAGUGCCAGAAAAGGGCGAUGACUCCGAGUCUGAAUUCGAGGAGGAAUUUGAGGUCACAAGUGGUGAGCAGGCUCUUAAGAAGGAGCGGCUUCAUGUGAUGGAAUCGAACGAAGGCGCAGUGCUCAAGGAGAUGCAACGGAAAGCGAGCGCCGAUGACUCUUCAGAAUCGGAUGAUGGAGAGGGUGGCGCCAAGACAGAAAAGCAAUAACACCUGAUCAGGCUGGAGAGCGGUACGAGCGUGUUGUCUCUUGAGCUCGGCGUUUUGUUUUGGGCAUUUGACAAAUUGGUCUGAGGUAUCCCAUUGAUCAAGACCGGAAGGUUGCCGCGGUGGAAAUACCAUGGGCGCUUUUCAACUCGUUGCGAGUAGCGUUUGUUUCU